GUCAUAAAUAUCAUCUACAAGCGCACACCCGACCUCAAGCUCGACACCGACUAUCUCGUGAAAACCCACAUCCCCAUGGCCUAUAAAGCUUGGAUACCACACGGUCUACUAGGAUGUACCGUUUCGCAGGCGGCUCCGGAUUCGGAUUACGCGUAUAUGAUCAAUAUCCGAUUCAAGACGCUGGAAGGAUGGCAGAAGGCGGCGAGCGACGCUGAGCAGAUGGGGCCGCUGAUGGCAGACAUUCCGAAUUUUACCAACGCGAUGCCGGAUUUCGUGGUCGGGAUGGUGGUAGAG